UUUUGGGGUAUGGUGAAAAAAUACCUUUGUGACAAUUGCGACUAUACUUUCGACACACUGAAGGAGAACAUGCCAAAAGCAUUAGCCUCAGUUCCUCUUCAAACAACUUGUAGGUGGGAACACUGGAUGUACCGCUGGAUGGAGGCUUACCGGUCAGGACUGGGUACCAAAGAUGCCCAAAUACAAGUCCGUAAAUUCAGUUCCACAAUGUAUAAAUCACAUAGACACAUUCCAGAUGCUGUUGCGAGCACAUUUGACUAA